AUGUCGUCUUCAAAGAUGACUAUUGGUAAUAAUUUACUUCGACGAUUGAAAUCGUUGGGUAUUGACAUAAUUUUCGGAGUGCCUGGUGAUUAUAACUUGCCAUUUCUUGAUCAGAUCGAAGAUUUUGGUGGUAUUCAAUGGGGCAAUAACUGCAAUGAAUUGAAUGCAUCCUAUACAGCCGAUGGAUAUGCUCGUAUUCGAGGCAUUGGUGCUCUUGUGACAACAUUUGGUGUCGGUGAACUAUCAGCUAUAAAUGGUAUUGCUGGUUCAUAUGCUGAAAUGGUAUCGGUGGUACAUAUUGUUGGAACACCUCCGACUACAUCGCAAAUCAGCAGUGCUAUUCUUCAUUAUACACUUGGUAAUGGUGAUUUUCAAGUUUUUGCAAAUAUGUAUAAAGAAGUCACGAUUGCUCAAGCAACUUUAACAAAAGAAAAUGCUGUUGAAGAGAUCGAUCGUAUUCUUACUCAAUGUUUGCUUAAAGGUCGACCAGUUUAUAUAGGUUUAGCUGUAGAUCUUAGUGGUUACGAGGUCAAUCUUGAUUCAUCAUCUAUUAAACCACUUAAUUUAUCACUUGUGCGAAAUCCAAAAAAUGAACAUCAAGCAGCUCUUGAAAAUGUACUUGAUCUUGUUAAAAAGGCUGAACGUAUGAUUGUUAUUGUUGACGCAUGUGCUGUUCGACAUGAUAUAAUGAACAAAGUUUUAAAAUUUAUUGAACAUACUCAGUUACCUGUUUAUGUAACACAUAUGGCUAAAGGUGGUAUUGAUGAAGAUCAUCCACAAUUUCGUGGCGUUUUUGCAGGAAAUUGUUCAACAGAACAAGUACAGGAAGAAGUGUAUGAUGCAGAUCUUAUUCUUUCUAUUGGCUCAAUGAAUAGUGAUUUUAAUACAGGUGGUUUUACGUAUCGUUUAUCACAGAAAAAGACUAUUGAAUUCCAUACGUAUCAUACCAAAAUUUUUUAUGCUAUAUAUGAUAAAGUUGAUAUGCGUGAACUUUUACCUGAUUUAACUGAACAUUGGCCAACCGAUAUUAUUUAUUCAUAUAAAGGUAAACCAUAUGAAAUUGAAAAACCGAUAUUAGAUUCCAAACAUCAAUAUGAAAUUGUACAAGAAUAUUUCUGGCAUAAAUUAUCAGUCUUUAUUCCAGAAAAUUCAAUCGUUAUUGCUGAAACUGGAACAUCUGAAUUUGGUAUUUUUAAUAUGCGUGCACCGCGCGGUGUUACAUUUUUAACACAAAUAUUAUGUGGUUCAAUCGGUUAUUCUGUUGGUGCAGCUUUAGGUGCAGCAUUAGCUGCAAAAGAUCAAAAUCGUCGAGUUUUUGUUUUAGUUGGAGAUGGUUCUUUUCUAAAGUAUCAUCAAUGUUACGAUGUAAAAACUAAUAUAGUUAUUAUUGUAUUGAAUAAUGAUGGCUAUACAAUCGAAAAACUUAUUCACGGUCCUGAUCGUCUUUAUAAUAAUAUUCAAAUGUGGCGUUAUCAUAAGAGUUUUGGAUAUUUUGGUGAUGGAUUAAAACAAAAUCGAGAACAAGCCGUUACGAGUUUUGCUGAUAUGGUUAAAACUCGAGAAGAAUUCGAAAAAGCUAUAACGCAAGCAUUGAAAGAAACUGAUAAAAUUCAUUUUGUCGAAGUUGUUAUGUCACCUAUGGAUGCACCGAAAAGUUUAGUACUAACUAUUGAAGGUACAAGAGAAUACAAGAAACGAAAGCAUGAAACACAAGAAUAA